ACGCGAAGGGGCAACAAGUCUCAGGCAACUUGUCCAGCUCCUCAACGCCAGACUCACAGAAUUGAGUUCGAGAAUGCUAGAAGCGGAAUCGAGGCUGCGCGAGGAACUACAGCGAACGGCCCUCAUGGAGCGAGCGCUCGAGAGGAGAACAAUGGAUGCCGGACUGAUUCCAGGCGACGGCGGAAACACACGAAGCGGCAGGUCACCGAGGCACGCCGUGGAGAGCUCAAGCAGGAGGUGCGGUCCGUCGGUGCUUGCCUGGGGCGACGGAACGACGGAAAACCUCCUCAGGAACAAGCUCGACAUGGCGAGAGAAGAGAUCGAGCUGCUCCGCCAACACAUCGACUUGCUGCUUCGAAUGCGCCAGGAGGAUCUGAAGGUGUACGAGUCGACGGUGGAUAAAUUCAGACACACUUUAGCUGCUGGAAGUCAGUGGUAGCUUGGAAUUCGUAAAUUAGGAGGCUUUUUAAAAGGAAGUAGUGGAAUUGUAAUUUAGGUAGGUUCGUGGUUUUUAUUAGAGUCGUUUUUUUUUUUUAGAUAGAGAUUAGGAAUAUAUUUAUAUACAGGUGCUAUGAUUUUUUUUUUUUUUUUUGUCUCUAGGCUGUUCAUCAAUUUAUAUCGAGUAGAUGGAAUUUUUAACUACAUGCUAUACUUAUAUUGUUAGAAUUAUAUUUAUUAGAAUCUUAAUGUAUGUAGAGUAAUUUUAUAACCAAAGUUUCCAACACUUCCCGUCUAAAGUGUUAAAAGAAAACUUAGUUGUAAUUCUCCCUGUAGCUCAGAAAUAUGCCAAAAGAAAAUCAUUCUCAGGUUUUUACCCAAAUCACACGGCGUAAUAUAGCAAGCAUUGCAUACGAAUGAAUUCCAGUUAUUUCCUUUGAGAUAUUUAUAAAGUAUUUUUACAAGCAUUGAAUAUGAAAGGUUUCCUAUCGGACGCUGAUGAGAAUGUUUUAGAAGCAUUACGUAAGAAAUCAUUUGUUCUCAUCAGCUAUUAGUGAACAUGUCUUAUAAACAUUUACUCUACAAGACUUUAUUAUUCCGCAUUAUAUACUUAUAAAAAAAAUAUUUUACAAGCAUCAAAUAUACGUAAAUACUACAAUUUCCAAUCAGUAAUACAAAAAAAAAGAAAGGAAAAAAAAAAAAAUUCUCCACAAAUCUAAAACGAUUCAUUAGGCUUUUUCUUCGGUGCUAGUGUAAACAAAAAAACAAAAAAACAAAAACAAAAAAACAAUUAAAAGCUUAAAACCAUUGUCAUUAAGGAAUUUUAGAAUUUUAGAUACGCUGUGUAUCAUAUUUACUGUAAGAAAUGUAAUUAAUGCACGUGUAUAUAAUGAAUUGCUAAUUAAUUCCAGCCUAUUAAUUAAAUACAUACAUAUUCAAGUUUCUCAUUUACCGCUAAUACAUUAAUUUCUGUGU